GUAAAUGCCGCGUAUUUUAUGUUUACGACUAAUCGUCUUUGUUUGUUGUCUUUGUCAGGUCUAGUUGGCUGAUCACGAAACAAAAGAAAGCCACAAAACCGAGCAGAAAGCGAGAUUGUGGAGGACAGACACUAAGACUUAAGAUACUUUAUAACACCGCACAUUUUUGUGAACAGUUUAUUAAACAAACCAUGUCUGACAACACGGAGCAGAAUGAGGGAGCGAAUGGAGACUGCGCAUGCGUUGUGAACGAAGACACGCCAGAUGCGGGAAAAGCUAUUGCUGAAGGAGGUGGUGGAGAACCCAUGCAGGUGGAUGCUAAACCUCGUUCACGUAGCCACAGAUACAACCUGAACCUGCCCUGUAUUGGUCACUGCGUCAUCAUUAACAACAAGAACUUCCAAAAAAGCACAGGCAUGAACCAGCGCAACGGUACAGACGUCGAUGCCGGCAACGCCAUGAAGGUGUUCGGAAAGCUUGGCUACAGAGUGAAGGUGUAUAACGACCAGACAGUGGAGCAGAUUAAAAAGACUUUAAUGGCAGUUGCCAAGGUCGACCACAGGAGCUGUGCAUCGUUUGUAUGCGUGUUGCUGAGUCAUGGAGAUGAGGGUGUAUUUUUCGGGACAGAUGGUGCAGUGGAGCUAAAGGUUCUAACGAGCCUGUUCAGAGGGGACCGAUGCGUCUCACUAGUGGGCAAACCGAAACUCUUCUUCAUACAGGCCUGCAGAGGGACGGACUUGGAUCCUGGUAUUGAGGCUGACAGUAACUCAGAUGACGCACCAGUAAGAAUCCCAGUCGAGGCCGACUUCCUUUAUGCAUAUUCAACAGCACCAGGCUACUACUCCUGGAGGAACACCAUGACUGGUUCGUGGUUCAUCCAGUCACUGUGCGAGAUGUUGGCUGAACACGGCAGGGAACUGGAGCUGAUGCACAUCCUCGCCCGCGUCAACCACAAGGUGGCGUACGACUUCGAGUCUGCCUCCAACAUGCCCGGCUUCAACGCCAGGAAGCAGAUCCCCUGUAUCGUCUCCAUGCUCACCAAAGAGAUGUACUUUACUCCUUAAGUCUAACUGUACUUCUGAGCCCACAAUCAGGUCAAUGGAAUGAAUAAGUACUGACACAGCCACAUUACAUUUCUUAAAAGGGAGGUCACUGACAUAGCAAUAGAACAUUUUCUACAAAGGGAAUAGGGGUGUAUGUUUAAAAUUUAGGUCAUCUGUACCUCAAAACAUCAGCAUGUAGAGUGGUGCUGCAACUCAAGGUUAGUUAUUGAUCAUUUUGUAUACAGUCUAUUGCAAGAGUUGACAACCCUUGGUAUAUUAAGUGCAUUUAUUAACUGCAGCCCAUUAGUUGGUUUUGGAUUAGAUCUUGUUCUGUUAGUAUUGCUUUUCUGACUAUGGAGACUUGGAUACAUUGUUUAUCGAUGGAUGGGGGACAGCACGGUGACUCGGUGGGUCACAGCGAGAAGGUCCUGAGUUAGAUUCCCAGGUGGAGCGGUCCGGGUCCUUUCUGUGCCGAGUUUGCAUGUUCUCCCCGUGUCUGUGUGGGUUACCUUCAGGAGCUUCUGUUUCCUCCCACAGUACAUGCAAGUGAGGUGAAUUAGAGAUACAAAAUUUUGAAUUUUGAAAAUCAUGAAUGUGUUUGACAUUAGAACUUGAACUGAUGAAUCUUGUGUAACCAGUAACUACCUGUCUAAGUGUGUAAAACACGACGUUAAAAUCCUAAUAAAUAAACAAAUAAAUUGAUGUAUAGGGUAGAAGUGGAAGUGACAAAGUGGACAGGCAACAAAUGGGCAAUCACUGCCAUCUGUCUAACCAAUUCAAUCGACAUCCACAAGGACUUCAUGGACCCCAAGUCUCCAUAGUCUAAAGCACUAAUAACAGAACCAGACAAAUCCAAAAUUAAAUACACAGAGCAAGUCAAAAGUCUGUAAGCCCACAUCACCACGGCUGUGCUGGGUAGCUAUGAGAAGAGAAGUUAUGAGAGGUUUAGGCUGUGAGGAAUGGUGCCACUAACUAUUACGAAUGUGGAGGUAAAAUCACACAGCUGUAGUUUAACAUUACCACCAGCAUUGCAAUCAUACAAGACAGAUAGUCUGAAAUGGCAAACAUUCAUACCGGCUUAAAGAUUACAGACCUGAAGAAUUGUAAGGCAACUCGCCUGUACAGUUCAUGGACUAGGUAGUGUAAAUAGUACGAUACGAUUUUUGGAUAAGAUUUUGUGGUGCUGUCGGCAUUCUAGCUGUAUACAUACUGAUCAGGUCGUCGUCUAUUCUUGGCAGCUUUUUUCAAACCGAUUUCAACCAAUAACAUUAGAACAUUUUGAGUUUUUUUGAAAUUAGAACAUUUCACAGUUUCAAAGCAGCAGCAGCUACUACCUGAGGUUGAAAAAUUUAUAUGAAUUAGGGGAAAUGUGGCUUUAGGAAUCUGAUUGUGGCUUUAGGAAUCUGAUUGUGGCUUUUUGGAUUUUAAAGGGAUAGAACAUGACUUGGAAAUAAGCCAUGGGCAUUUCAUAGUAGUGCUUCAGGGAGGGGGGAAUGGGGGGCAGCAUGAGCCAUUGUGAAAACAUUGAGCUGUUACAUUUUAUAAACUAUUGUCUGUUUCCUCUGCUGUUAUAUAUUUCACUGUGUGUUUGUGAUGCUGAAUAUCAACAUCAGGUGCUAAACCAACAUUUCAUAUUUAAUCAUUUCACUGAUAGAUGUAAAUGAUACUACUGGGCAUAAUUUUACCUGCAUUCCAGUACUGAUAACACCACCAUUUACUUCCCUUCUUCAUUUUUCCUUGAUCAAAGCAGCAUUAAAAUGUUACAAAUCUGACAUCUUCACUGCUAACUGCUUACAAGUGGGAGAACACUAGCUAGGCAGCUGGAAAUAUGGAUACCAAGUACACUAUAUGGUCAAAAGAAUGUAAACACCCUCUCUAAUUACUUAGAGUUCAGGUGUUUCCAUCACAGCCAUUCUUAACCGGUGUAUAAGAUCAAUUAUAUAAAGACACGAGUUACAAGUUUAGGUUUGUGGAACUCAAAUGACCUGCAAUUAAUUGAAAUGCCAGUUACCAGGGAUCACGUCCAACUUCAGUGUCCGACCUUAAACAUGCUUUUUAAAGUGAAUUGGCACAAAUUCCAACAGAUGCUUUUUUGUGGAAAGCUUUCGAAACGCACGUUGGAAAUUAUGCAUUAAUAUUGAGUAACACAAUGUCAUGUUCAUGCUGCCACAUACUUUUGGUCUGAGUGGAGCUUCGUCAUCUUAACAUGUUCCAAGGCCAUGAUUGUAUAAUUAUAUACAAUUGUAUUAUUAUAAUGUGCAUUCUAUUUAACAACAUAAAAUAUGUUUCUCGUUAUGCAGCCCUGCUUUUGUGGACACUUGUGUAAGGUAUAGUUGAUUCACACUUAAUAUAUGCUCAGGUCCGUGGGAAGUCAGCAUUGGAAUGCAGGAUCUGGUAUUUUCUCGGGUAGAACGCUCAUUUUGUCUGAGCCUUUAUUCCAUUUGUAACUGCGUGAGGAGUGUUACACCAAGCCUAGUCUACCUUUGAAUAGUUGCAUCUAAGUAGGAUCUGUUAAGAGAUCAGUGCAUGGAAAUGUUUUAUGUAGCAUUACGUUAAGGGAGUUUUGUAUGUGUUAGCUUUGUGUAUUUAUUUAAAUGUUAAACAAGACCACUGAUAUUCUUACAUUGUUAAACCAGGCAUUAUAAGAUCUAAGACCUAGAUCUAAUCAGGGAAUUAACAACUUAGUAACCAUAUUUUAAUGACUGUGGUUUUCAAAUAUGCGAGUUGUUGAAACCAGUGGUCCCCAACCACCGGGCCACGCACCGAGUCAUUUAUUACCGAGAUUAGCAAUUACAUUUCCGAAACAUUUUGGGUGUUAUUGUCCCCAAUCACCACUAGGUGGGAGCAGCGUCUCAUUGCAGCAAAAAAAAAAUCCAUUGUAUAGUUCUUAUAGUAUUCUCUAUAUAAAAUCCUCCCACCCCUGCCGGUCAGUGAAAUUAUACCUCUAUGAAACCGGUCCGUGGUGCAAAAAAGGUUGGGGAUCACUGGUUUAAACAACCAGGACAUUGACUGAAUUGACAGUGAAUUGUUUGGUAUAAAGAGGAGCAUUCACGUUUGGCUAUUUCUGCAUAAAGCUUGAGUGUUUAAAGAAUUUAAUUGUUUUUACUAACUCAGUUUAUGACCGACGACAAUAAAGAUCAGAUCACUUAUGUUAUAGUGUCAGUUAAUGACAAUCUGAAGAAUAUAGUAAUAUAAAUAUACAGUUGCUUAAUUGCCCAAAAAACUUGAUAGCCAGAUAUAACUGUUGGUCUUUAACUUGAUCUUAUGUUUGUUAAACCCUUUAUAUGAUCUAUUUACCUACGAGGUGCUGUUUUGUGUCUUUUGCUGUUAGAUUAGUAUUCAAAAAUGAGCUGACAACCAACCACGUGUGCCUCUGUCCUACACAUUUCCCAUUUAUGCAUUAUUCAAUCAAGUGUUUGGUUUUUAAUUAUGCUGCACACUACUGUGUCCACCAAGAGCAUGUGAUGUUUAGAUAAAGUCCCACAGCUCUCUGGUAAAGAUGUAAUUCAAUCUUUGUUUACCUUUAAACACAGCCUGUAAACACAGCCUAGUUACGUUAAAGAUAAAUGACCUAGAUCAUGCUGAAUAUGAAACAUUGCAAUAUUUAACAAGAAAAACAAAACUUGUGACUGACAGUUAAGUCUCGGCUAAACUCUGGGAAGAAGCGUCAUUAUUUCUGUUUCCCCGUCAAUCAUCCUGUUUCUUUCCUUGCAGUCAGUUGGCUCUAAAUGACUCAAAAAAGCAGAUGUUAGCCAUCAACUUUGCAAUUUGCUGACUGUUAAGUCAUGGCGGUCUCAAAAUGAAAGUAGAAAUUGGCUGCAAGUUCUCUUUAUUUAGGUUCCUGCUACAAUAAAACACAGUUUGAACAAUCAAAUGACCUCAAGUGUCCUUUACUGAGCCAACAGUGUCACGAGUCACUGCAUGCACAGACCAUCGUUAUUUUGCUAAACUGCUUUACUGGCUUGCAAGAUCCAGGUCCAGACUAAACUAGCUUUUUAUUUAUAAUAGAACAUUUACUGUACUUUCUAUCAUUGUGUAUGUGCUUUUUUUCAUUGUCUGUACCCUGUAAUAAAAAAAAAACAUGAAAGAAAUGGCAUAAUGGCUUCA